AUGUUGUUAUCAGAGAGAAAAUAUUCUCAACCUCAAGAUGAAGAUCAUCACUACCAAGAGACAAAGCAAGAAAAUAUAAAAGACUGUCAUGCUUGGUUGACAUUGGUUGCAACAGCUCUGGUUCCACUGAUGAUUGGUAUAUUUACUGUCGUGAUGACUAUACAACAGCAAUCUUCAGCUAGUAGACAACGCCAACAAGAACAGCAACAAGCUGAUAAUCUACAAAACGAACGAACAUUUUCUACUUAUGUUGAUGAUAUAGCAAAAUUACUGCUAACAAAAGAAGUCACGACAGAUAAUAAAGCUCUAUUGUAUAUUCGUACUAAAACUCUUUCAUCACUACGAAAACUCGAUCCACAAAGAAAAAAACAUGUGUUAUUCUUUCUAUAUGAAAGCCAGCUUCUUCAAUAUGAUAAAGCUAAGAAACAUGAUCGUUCCACACUGAAUUUAGCGGGAGCUGAUUUGACUCAUAUUCAUGUAACAAAAUUGAAAAAUUUUAAUAAUUUAUCUCUGCCCGGUGUUGACUUGAACAAUGCAUCGUUUAUUAAUUGUCAACUACAGCAUUCACGGUUUGCUGAUUCAGUAAUGAAUAAUAUUAGAUUCACCAACUCAUUUCUACUGAGAACACGUUUCAGCCGUUGUUCAUUAGAACGAGCUGAUUUCACAAAUGCUGAUCUAUAUGGCGCUUUGAUGACCGAAAAACAUCUUCAGGAAGCUGAAUUGCUUGACAAUGCACGACUACCAAACGGCUCAUUUGCCAUGAUUCAAGGAAAAAAUUUAGUGGUAAAUGGUGAAAACAUCGGUUGUCAUUCGAAAUUACUAUCCCCAUGGGUAAUGGAAGCUGAUGUUAUCAAGACAUUUCCACAUUAUCGCUCAUCAUUGAACUGUUAUUUUGGAAUAGCUAACCUAUCGUCGAUGAGUCCUACGUCCAUAGAGCAGUCAGUAGUAGUGGCUGAUUAUUCUGUGUUGAUUGACUCGGGAAAAGCUGAAUAUAAUUUUUCGGGUUUUUUCGGUGGUAACGCUUAUGCUAAAAUAACAUUUUUCACUAGUGCAC